GAUUGAGUAGGCUACUACAGGGGUACCUAAAUAUACGAGACAUCACUGAUGUUUUUCACAGUCGUAGCCGUAGGCCUACCUGUCUGCGUUGCAAGUGGAUGAUGCUGCAAGUGGUGUGAUUCACGAACGUGCUCUGCCUGCUCGAGAGGCAUCCGUUGCGUCUGUGUUCUCGAGUCCGCUGCUGGAGAAGGGGCAAAUCCACCGUGGUGAGGGAGGGGAGACCGGUGUUCAGCUGGCUUUACAGCUUCGUUCUGGACGUGUGAGGCUGUGUCCACAGCAGUUCCAUGAAAGAGGCUGGGAAUUUUUAGGGAUUGGGUGAACUGACCAUAGGCUUGCAGAAUGGAUGUCAUCUCCAUGUUGGGCAGCCCCACCGACCCCAUCUACACUACCUCCACCCACCCUCCUGCCACCCUUCUGCCCAAUGGCCUGAAGAAUGGGUCUGAUGAGCACUGUAUCACUUCCAAGACAGCGGUAGCCAUCCUUGGCUCUGGUGACUUCUCCAAGUGCCUGACCAUUCGACUGCUACGCUGUGGCUUUCACGUGGUGGUGGGGAGCCGUCAACCCAAGCGUGCUGCUGAUUUCUUCCCACACGUAGUGGAUGUGACGCAUCAUGAGGAUGCUGUGGGGAAGGCUGGCAUCAUCUUCCUGGCUAUACGGCGGGAACAUUACCCAGCAGUUCUCUGGGACCUUAAACACCUGCUGUCAGGAAAGGUCCUGAUAGACGUUAGCAAUAACAGGAGGUUAAACCAGUAUCCGGAAUCGAACGCAGAAUACCUGGCCUCCCUCCUGCCAGAGUCUAUCGUGGUGAAGGGCUUCAAUGUGAUAUCUGCCUGGGCUUUGCAGCAGGCUGGGCCCAAAGAUGCCAGCAGACAGGUCUACAUCUGCAGUAACUCAACAGAGGGCCGCCACCAAGUACUAGAGCUUGCACGGCAACUCAACUUUUCCCCCAUGGACAUGGGCUUCCUGUCAUCCUCCAGAGAGAUUGAAAACAUACCGCUGCGUCUCUUUCCUGCCUGGAAAGGCCCUGUCCUCACCGCAGUGUCCCUCUCCAUAUUUUUCUUUGCCUAUUCCUUUGUGCGUGACAUCGUCUACCCUUAUGUGAAAAGCAAGCAGAGCAACUUUUACAAGAUCCCAAUGGAGAUAGUGAACCGGACACUGCCCACUGUAGCCAUUACAAUGCUGGCGUUAGUCUACCUGGGGGGCGAGAUUGCUGCUGUCCACCAGCUGUACUACAGAACUAAGUACAGGCGCUUCCCUCAUUGGCUGGAGGGAUGGCUGCAAAGCAGGAAGCAGCUGGGUCUGCUCAGCUUCUUUCUGGGCUGUGUUCAUGUUCUCUAUAGCCUCUGUCUACCUAUGAGGAGGUCUGAGAGGUACCUGCUGCUCAACAUGGCCUAUCAACAGGUGGGUUUGGGUUGGAGAAUAUGUGUGUGUGAGAGCAAGAAAGAGAGAGGUUGAGUGAGCGCUUGUAUCUCUUUGGUCAUGCUUGUGUGAGAAUGUGUGACCUACAUUGAAAUGAUUGAAUGUUGUGGCCAGUGACUCAUCCUUUUUCUAGCUUGGCCUCAGGUAUGAUCAUGAACUACACUGCGGUACAUAUGUUGUUCACAUUGCAAAAGCAAAAUAUGAGUUUUGCAAGUAUCUUGGCCAUUUCUGCUUGUCAGAAGAAAAACAACCUUCUCAACCGAGUUUCCACCAGAUACUUUUCUGAGUCCCAUUGCCUUUAUUCAUAUUGUAUCCCCACCCCUCACCAUUCCAUUCUUUCUUCCUGUGAUACUGGUGAUAGGUACUAGCCAGUGUUAUUGUGUAACUAUUAUGCUGUGUUCACACCGAACGCAAAGCAAAUUUUUCAACUCAAGCGAAAUAUUCGUGUGACGCUGUGUCGCAAAAGUUUAUCAAUGUUGAGAUGUCAUUAACAUUUUAGAAGAAAUGGAGGGCAAGAUCAUUGUAGCUGUCUGUGGGCAUCCUCUGCUAUACGACACUACUUCGUAUUUCUUUUAUUGUAGACAUUUCGGACAUGGUUGACGACGAAAGAAAAACAAUU